AUGAGCCAAUUUCAGGUGCCCCUGGCAGUUCAGCCAGAACUGCCAGGCAUUUAUGACUUCCCUCAGGGCCAAGUGAUGGUAGGAGGCUUCCAGGGGCCUGGACUCCCGAUGACCGGGAGUGAGCCCCAACUCCGAGGGGGUGGAGAUGGGCGAAAGAAACGGAAACGGUGUGGUACUUGUGAGCCCUGCCGGCGGCUGGAAAACUGUGGGGCCUGCACUAGCUGUACAAACCGCCGUACACACCAGAUCUGCAAGCUGCGCAAGUGUGAGGUGCUGAAGAAAAAAGCCGGGCUUCUCAAGGAGGUGGAAAUAAAGGCUGGAGAAGGAGCCGGGCUGUGGGGACAAGGGACAGCUGUCAAGACAGGCUCAGAGCUCAGCCCAGUUGAUGGAACCGUUCCAGGUCAGAUGGACUCAGGGCCAGUAUACCAUGGGGACUCACGGCAGCUAAGCGCCUCAGGGGCGCCGGUCAAUGGUGCUAGAGAGCCUGCUGGGCCCAGUCUGCUGGGGGCUGGGGGUCCCUGGCGGGUAGAUCAGAAGUCCGACUGGGACGCUGCCCCAGGCCCAGCUCAUACUGCUCGCCUGGAAGAUGCUCACGAUCUGGUGGCCUUUUCGGCUGUGGCCGAAGCUGUGUCCUCUUAUGGGGCCCUUAGCACUCGGCUCUAUGAAACCUUCAACCGUGAGAUGAGUCGGGAGGCUGGAAACAACAGCAGGGGUCCCCGGUCAGGCCCUGAUGGUUGUUCUGCUGGCAGUGAAGAUCUUGACACACUGCAGACGGCCCUAGCCCUUGCGCGGCAUGGCAUGAAACCACCCAACUGCAACUGCGAUGGCCCAGAAUGCCCUGACUACCUCGAGUGGCUGGAGGGGAAGAUCAAGUCUGUGGUUGUGGAGGGAGGGGAGGAGCGGCCCAGACUCCCAGGAACGCUGCCUCCUGGUGAAGCUGGCCUCCCAGCACCAAACACCCGGCCACUCCUCAGUGCCGAGGUCUCCCAGAUACCUCCCCCAGAGGGCCUGCCCUUGUCUCAGAGUGCCCUAAACAUCGCUAAGGAGAAGAACAUCAGCCUACAAACCGCCAUCGCUAUUGAGGCCCUCACACAGCUCUCUUCUGCCCUCCCUCAGCCUUCUCACUCCACCUCCCAGGCUUCUUGCCCCCUGCCUGAGGCCUUGUCCCCUCCUGCCCCUUUCAGAUCUCCCCAGUCCUACCUCCGGACCCCCUCUUGGCCUGUGGUCCCUCCUGAAGAGCACCCAUCCUUUGCACCUGAUAGCGCUGCCUUCCCUCCAGCAACUCCUAGAACUGAGUUUCCUGAAGCCUGGGGCACUGACACCCCACCAGCAACUCCCCGGAGCCCCUGGCCCAUGCCGCGCCCAAGCCCGGACCCCAUGGCUGAACUGGAGCAGUUGUUGGGCAGCGCCAGCGAUUACAUCCAAUCAGUAUUCAAGCGGCCUGAAGCCCUCCCCACCAAGCCCAAGAUCAAGAUUGAGGUCCCCACUUCCUCCCCAGCCCCAUCCCUGUCUCCCAUCCUCCAGAGGGAGGCUCCUCCACCAUCCUCAGAGCCUGAUACCCACCAGAAGGCGCAGGCCGCCCUGCAGCAGCACCUCCACCAUAAGCGCAGCCUCUUUCUGGAACAGGCCCAUGAUGCCACCUUCCCUCCUCCCACGGAGCCUCCUACUCCUGGCUGGUGGGCCCCACCAAGCUCACCGGCCCCACGGCCUCCAGACAAACCACCCAAAGAGAAGAAGAAGAAGCCCCUGGCACCCUCUGGAGGUCCCAUGGGAACCGAGAAAGCUGCCCCUGGGAUCAAGUCCACUCUCCGAAAGCCCAUUCAGAUCAAAAAGUCCAAGCUACGGGACACACAGCCCCUCUUCCUGCCCCUCCGGCAGAUCAUCCUGGAAGGGCUGAGGUCCCCAGCCCCCGAGGAAGUGCAGGCACAUCCACCUGCCCCCCUCCCCACCUCACAGGGCCCUGCUGUCCCCCUGCCCCCAGAACCUUCUCUUGCGCUAUUUGCACCAAGUCCCUCUGGGGACAGCCUGCUGCCCCCUACUCAGGAAACGAGGUCCCCCAGCCCCAUGGCCACCCUGCAGGUGGGCCCCACAGGCCCUCUUCCCCCUGCUGAUGAUAAGCUAGAAGAGCUAAUCCGGCAGUUUGAGGCUGAAUUUGGGGACAGCUUUGGGCUUCCCGGCCCCCCAUCUGUGCCCAUUCAGGACCCCGAGAAUCAGCCAACGUGUCUCCCAGCCCCCGAGAGCCCUUUUGCUACCCGUUCCCCCAAGCAAAUCAAGAUUGAGUCUUCAGGAGCUGUGACUGUUCUCUCAACCACCUGCUUCCAUUCAGAGGAGGGAGGCCAGGAGGCCACACCUACCAAGGCUGAGAACCCACUCACACCCACCCUCAGCGGCUUUUUAGAGUCACCUCUUAAGUACCUGGACACACCCACCAAGAGUCUACUGGACACACCGGCCAAAAGAGCCCAAGCCGAAUUCCCCACCUGUGACUGCGUAGAACAAAUAGUGGAGAAAGAUGAAGGUCCAUAUUAUACUCACCUGGGAUCUGGCCCCACUGUAGCCUCUAUCCGGGAACUCAUGGAGGAGCGGUAUGGAGAGAAGGGGAAAGCCAUCCGGAUUGAGAAGGUCAUCUAUACUGGGAAGGAGGGGAAGAGCUCACGUGGCUGCCCCAUUGCAAAGUGGGGUCAUUUCCCCCAACCUCAGCUCUUUGUCCUCAUCUUGUCCAAAUACAACCUCCAACAUCCUGAGCUGGCCUUGGAACUGCAUUUGAGGCUGAGUCCAGGACAAAGGCAUGUUGCAUCUGUAUGCCUCACCUGUGCUGUACAUUGCAGCCGGACCUGUGCUUGCCAAGGCAAAGACCCCAACACCUGUGGUGCCUCCUUCUCCUUUGGCUGUUCCUGGAGCAUGUACUUCAAUGGCUGCAAAUAUGCACGAAGCAAGACACCUCGCAAGUUCCGCCUCGCAGGGGACAAUCCCAAAGAGGAAGAAGUGCUACGGAAGAGUUUCCAGGACCUGGCCACCGAAGUCGCUCCUCUGUACAAGCGGCUGGCUCCCCAGGCCUAUCAGAACCAGGUAACCAAUGAGGAAAUAGCAAUUGACUGCCGCCUUGGGCUGAAGGAAGGGCGGCCCUUCGCGGGGGUCACGGCCUGCAUGGAUUUCUGUGCCCACGCCCACAAGGACCAGCAUAACCUGUACAACGGGUGUACUGUGGUCUGCACUCUGACCAAGGAAGACAAUCGCUGCGUGGGCAAGAUCCCUGAGGAUGAGCAGUUGCACGUGCUCCCCCUGUACAAGAUGGCCAACACGGAUGAGUUCGGCAGUGAAGAGAACCAGAAUGCCAAGGUGGGCAGUGGGGCCAUCCAGGUGCUCACUGCCUUCCCCCGCGAGGUCCGGCGCCUGCCAGAGCCUGCCAAAUCAUGCCGCCAGCGGCAGUUGGAAGCCAGGAAGGCAGCAGCUGAGAAGAAGAAGAUCCAGAAGGAGAAGCUGAGCACUCCCGAGAAGAUCAAGCAGGAAGUCCUAGAGCUAGCCGGCGUCCCCACUGACCCAGGCCUGUCUCUGAAAGGUGGGUUAUCCCAGCAUGGCCUGAAGCCCUCCCUCAAGGUGGAGCCACAGAGCCACUUCAGCUCCUUCAAGUACAGUGGCAAUGCAGUGGUAGAGAGUUACUCGGUGCUGGGCAACUGCCGACCCUCCGACCCUUACAGCAUGAAUAGCGUGUACUCCUACCACUCCUACUAUGCACAGCCCAGCCUGACCUCUGUCAACGGGUUCCACUCCAAAUAUGCUCUUCCAUCAUUUGGCUACUAUGGCUUCCCAUCCAGCAACCCUGUCUUCCCCUCUCAGUUCCUGGGUCCUGGUGCCUGGGGGCACAGUGGCAGCAGUAGCAGUUUUGAGAAGAAGCCAGAUCUCCAUGCUCUGCACAACAGCCUGAGCCCGGCCUACGGUGGUGCUGAGUUUGCCGAGUUGCCUAGCCAGGCUGUUCCCACAGACACCCACCACCCCACUCCUCACCACCAGCAGCCUGCUUAUCCAGGCCCCAAGGAUUACCUGCUUCCCAAGGUUCCCCAGAUCCAUCCAGUGUCCAGGGACCCCUCACCCUUUGCCCAGAGUUCCAACUGCUACACCAGAUCCAUCAAGCAAGAGCCAGUAGACCCACUGGCCCAGGCCGAAUCUGUAUCCAGAGACCCUGGCAAGAUGGGCAAAACACCUUUGCCCGAGGCAUCUCAGAAUGGGGGACCCAAUCACCUAUGGGGACAGUAUGUAGGAGGCCCAAGCAUGUCCCCCAAGAGGACUAACAGUGUGGGUGGCAGCUGGGGUGUGUUCCCUGCUGGAGAGAGCCCCACCAUCAUCCCCGACAAGCUAAGUUCCUUUGGGACUGGCUGCCUGACCCCGUCCCACUUCCCAGAUGGCCAGUGGGGGCUGUUUCCUGGCGAGGGGCAGCAGCCAGCUCCCCAGACUGGAGGACGGCUGCGAAGCAAACCAUGGAGUCCUUGCAAGUUUGGGAACAGUGCCUCAGCCCUGGCUGGGGCCGGCCUGACUGAGAAGCCAUGGGGGAUAGGGGCAGGGGAUUUCAGCUCUGCCCUGAAAGCUGGCCCUGGGUUCCAAGAGAAGUUGUGGAGCCCCAUGAAAGGGGAGGAGGGACGGAUCCCAACUCCAGGGGCCAGUCAGCUGGACAAAGCCUGGCAGUCCUUCACUGUACCACUGGGCCCCAGCGAGAAGUUGUUUGGGGCCCUGAAGUCUGAGGAGAAGCUGUGGGAUCCCUUCAGCCUGGAGGAGGGGACAGCUGAGGAGCCCCCCAUCAAGGGGACUGUGAAGGAAGAGAAAGGUGGUGCUGAGGAGGAGGAAGAGGAGCUGUGGUCAGACAGUGAACACAACUUCCUGGACGAGAACAUCGGUGGUGUGGCUGUGGCCCCCGCACAUGGCUCCAUCCUCAUCGAGUGUGCCCGUCGAGAACUGCACGCCACCACCCCUCUCAAGAAGCCCAACCGCUGCCACCCCACCCGCAUCUCGCUGGUCUUCUACCAGCACAAGAACCUCAACCAGCCUAACCAUGGGCUGGCCCUCUGGGAGGCCAAGAUGAAGCAGCUGGCUGAGAGGGCAAGGGCACGGCAGGAGGAGGCCGCCCGGCUGGGCCUGGGUCAGCAGGAGGCCAAGCUGUACGGGAAGAAGCGCAAGUGGGGGGGCGCCAUAGUUGCCGAGCCCCAGCAUAAGGAGAAGAAGGGGGCCGUCCCCACCCGGCAGGCGCUGGCCGUGCCCACAGACUCAGCAGUCACCGUGUCCUCCUACGCCUACACAAAGGUCACUGGGCCCUACAGCCGCUGGAUCUAG